AGCUCGACACGUGUGUUUAAUAAAUAUUAAAUUAAAUUUAAGUGCUAUCUUUAAUUAAGUCCUUGUAUUUUGACCUCAGAAACACUUUAAAUUUGAUUAUAAUGUCAGACGGCAGUGACGGCCAAUUUAGCGAUUACGAAAAUGAUAUUUCCACUAAGGUUAAGUCAGUACGGUUUGCCGAAACACUGGAUGUCAAAACACUCAGCAGCAACGCAGAGAGUGACUAUGAUUCUAAUGAAUACUUUCAGGACUCAGAUGAUCCAACAAACAACUCGGGAAAACUUAAAAGUAAUACUCAGACACCUUCAAACAAAGUCAGCACAUUCCAGCCCAGUGAAAAGUUGUUUAAAAAGUAUGUCAACAAAAUUAAUGUUGAUAGUUACGAUCCAAUGGACCGUACAAAUAAGUUCAUUGAUAGCAAUGAUAGAAAGGUUGACAGCGGCAGGAUUAGAACAAAGGAUAAGCAUGACAGAGCCACCGCAGAGCAAGUCAUGGAUCCACGCACUAGAAUGAUUCUCUUCAAGUUGUUAAAUAGAAGUAUAAUAAAUGAAAUAAAUGGUUGCAUAUCUACUGGUAAAGAGGCCAAUGUCUACCAUGCUACAUCUAAAGAUGGGAAAGAUUAUGCUAUUAAAAUCUUCAAAACAUCAAUCUUAGUGUUUAAAGACAGAGAUAAGUAUGUAUCAGGGGAGUACAGAUUCAGAAAUGGGUACUGCAGAUCUAACCCUCGUAAAAUGGUGAGAACCUGGGCUGAGAAGGAAAUGAGAAAUCUUGUCCGAAUGUUCAAUGCAAAGUUAAAUGUUCCGGAGCCGAUAAUCUUACGAAGCCAUGUACUAGUCAUGACUUUCAUGGGAGAUGAUGGUUGGCCUUCUCCGAAACUCAAGGAUGUCGAAAUUUCUCAAUCACAAGCCAGAUCUUUGUACCGGGAUUGCAUAAUAAUGAUGUGGAAAAUGUUCAACACUUGCAAACUCGUACAUGCAGAUUUAUCAGAAUAUAAUCUUCUGUACCAUAAAGGAAAUGUAGUAGUCAUUGAUGUGUCACAGUCUGUGGAACAUGACCACCCUCAUGCAUUUGAGUUUUUAAGGAAAGAUUGCACUAAUAUAUCGGAUUUCUUUAGGAAGAACGGUGUUGCAACACUAACUGUGAAAGAACUUUUUGAUUUCAUUACCGACUCUGCUAUAAACGAGGGAAAUUUGGAAGAAUGCCUGGAGAAACUGUCAGAAAAGGCAUCUACAAGGAAUUUUGAGGAAAUGACAGCACAAGAACAAGUUGAAGAAGAGGCUUUUAAAAAUAUCUAUAUCCCUAAGAGACUUACGGAGGUUAUAAACUAUGAACGGGAUAUCAACAAAGCCAAAAAAGGUGAAACAGAAGACCUAACAUACAAGAAAAUUGCCGGUUUUAAUGAAGACCUUAGUACUGUGGAUAAACCGGAGAUUUUGGAAGAUUGUGAUAUUUCUGGCAGUGGGUCUGGUAGCGGCUCAGAAUCUUCAGAGGAUGAAGAUGGAGAUUCUAAUGCCAAAUUCAAAUCGUCUGCCCGUCCGAGAGACGAAUCCCCCAACACUAAGAAGGCAAGGAAAAAAGCAGUCAAAGAAGAAAAAGCAGAGAAGAGGAAGACGAAAGUCAAGAAGCACGUCAAAAAGAGAAGGGACAAAGGGUCUGGGAAAAAGUAAAAUGGCAGCUAACCUAUGUGAGCACAUUUAAAUAUGUCAAUCAGAGAAACUUGUGCUUGUGAUGAAGUGAGAAAAAAUACCUUUAUUGAA